UGGUCCGAGACACAUCCGCCUGACUCGCGCGAGUGUUUACAUGCAGACUGGCAGAAGCAGAAUGGGGGUACUCUUAUAAAACUUUUCAGGACAUGCAGCACCCAAAUUUUGAGACGAGGCACCCUCUGCAGGCGGAGGAGCAGGAGACAGGAUAUGACCCGCUGCAGAACUUCAACAGGAACCGCGGAGGAUCACUGGACGGUGGGUCAACACCAGAAUCGACAUUCCUCUCCUACAGGAAAGAGUGGGAUGAUUUGUUCCAGAACAGCAACUACCUGCCGCGCAUCAGGCAGGCAGGCAUUAACGGCCGAUUGCGGAGCAGCCGAUUCCGGAGCGUGUGCUGGAAGCUGUACCUGGACGUGCUUCCAGAAGAUAAGACUCAGUGGAUCAACAAGACCAAGGAGCUCCGAGACGAGUAUGAGAAAAUCAAAGAGAUGCACAUCACAAACCCGCGGAAAGCUGCUGGCCAACAAGACCUGGUGGUGAACAACCCUCUGUCCCAGGAUGAGGGGAGCUUGUGGAAUAAGUUCUUUCAAGACAAGGAGCUCCGGGGGAUGAUUAAACAAGAUGUCACGAGAACGUUUCCAGAGAUGAGGUAUUUCCAGGAGGAAGAUGUGAGGACCAAACUCACUGAUAUUCUCUUCUGUUACGCCCGAGAGAACCAGCAGCUGCUCUACAAACAGGGCAUGCACGAGCUGUUGGCUCCCAUAGUGUUUGUGCUGCACUGUGAUCACCAGGCCUUUCAGCACGCCAGUGAAACCGCCAAUCCCAGUGAAGAGAUGAAGGAACUGUUGAAUCCCAUUUUUCAUGAACAUGAUGCCUAUGCUAUGUUCUCCCAGCUGAUGGAGACGGCAGAACCCUGGUUCUCUAGCUAUGAACGGGAGGUCAGGAAGGGUAAAGAGGAGAUGAUGACCAGCAUGCCCUUUGCCCGACCGCAGGAUGCUGGGCCGUCGGUUGCCGUAGUUACCAAAGUGAACCGUAUUCAGGAACAGCUGGUAAAGAAGCAUGAUAUCGAGCUGCACAUGCACCUCAAUCGCUUGGAGAUUGCACCGCAGAUCUACGGCAUUCGCUGGGUUCGUCUGCUGUUUGGAAGAGAGUUCCCUCUGCAGGACCUGUUGGUGGUGUGGGAUGCUCUGUUUGCAGACAGCAUCACUCUGGACCUGGUGGACUACGUGUUUGUAGCCAUGCUGCUGUAUAUUAGAGAUGCAUUGAUUGCCAGUAACUUCCAGACGUGUCUGGGCCUUCUGAUGCACUACCCCCCAGUUGGAGAUAUCCAUUCCCUGCUGCAGAAGUCUCUGUUCCUUAGAGACCCAAAGAAUAAUCCUCGGCCGGUAAACUAUCAGUUCCAGCAGAACCUGGAUUAUUACAAAACCCGUGGUGCGGACCUGGUCAACAAGACACGUAGUUCCAGUACUAAAGCGCCCCCCCUCAACAUAAACAAGGUCUCCAGCUCUUUGCUGAGUUUCGGCCGUAAGCUUAUCGCCCCGGCGAUUUCAGGCGGCGCUACCACCGGCAUCUCGCCAAUCAACAGCGAGGUGCUGUCGGCCACGCCCAUCCCAGCAGCUGCCCGCCAAUCAGCAGAGCCGGCCAGCGCAGGUCCCACCCCCUCGCACUCGGCUGUGUCGCACACUCAGACGCAGUCGCACCGACUACUCAAGUCUGAGAGCAUGCCUGUGCAGCUGAGCAAAGAUGUAGGCUCUAGUGGGUCUCAGGUGUCUCUCCCUGCCCAGAUUCUUUCUGAUACCCCAGGCUACUCCUCCAGAACAGUUAGCUCCUCCCCCAGUAUCGAGAGUCUGUCGAGUGGGCGGGAUCACGUCAUGUCGUCCCCGCCCCUUCCUGCGUCCCGGGGGCGGGACUCCAGCACGUCGUCUCCUCCCCUCUCGGCCACUAAGAAGGACUCCUUCUUCAACAUCAGUCGCUCGCGAUCCCACAGCAAGACCAUGGGCAAGAGGGACACGGUCAGUCAACCACAUCAGUGUGGGGGCAAGAGGGAUACGGAGGAGCUGGAGGCCCAGGUGUCAUUACUCCAGGGUCAGAUCAAUGAUCUGGAGGCCAUGAGCAAAUACUGUGCCAAGAUGAUGAAUGUGCACAUCGGCAAAAUCCAGGAAGUGAUCUUGCAGGAACAUCUGCAGAAAGAGGAUGAGGUUUUGGUGUCACUGGCUGGACUAAAGCAGAUAAAGGAUAUCCUCAAGGGGGCACUGCGGUUCAACCAGAGUCAGCUGGAGGCAGAGGAAAAUGAGGAAAUCACCAUUGCAGAUGAUCACUAUUGCUCCACUGGUGCCCACGCUCACACACACACACACCCUCACACACACACUCACGCCCCUCACACACCUCAGCAGAAGCCAAUGGAGCAGGAGCUGGAAACUCGCCAGCUCACAGAUGCCCAAAGGGGAGCACCUCCAACAAUACCCCAACAGCAGGCUCCAGAGAGUCGUAACUGGGACGACUACAUCCUGGUCUCCCAGGACGGCGAGGGUGACGGCGAUGGCAGCGGCGAAGGCAGCGGCGAUGGCGACGCUGAUGCCGCUGGCGGGGAGGUCGAGCUCGAGGGUGAACUUCCCCCGGCUCAGCCCGCGCCCGUCAAGCCCGUCCUCCACGACCCGCUGACCAUAACCACUUCCGGGUCCUCCAGCCCAGAGGAGGGCAGCACCAAUAGCAAAGACUCCGACUUCACCAUCGUCAACCCCGCCGACCUCUAACCUCAGAACCUGCCCAGGCAAGCAGCCAGAUCUGGCCCAGAUCCGGCUCCGAUCCGUGCCACCAGUGGCUGCUGUCUGGGAUGUGGCCCUUGUCUGUAUCAUAUACUGUACCAUAAGCCCAGUCCCCUGUCCUCAAAAUGGAGCAGAGCAGAACAGCGCGUUUCCCCUCUUUGGCCACUAGAUGCUGCUGCUGUGCGGGUGAACAAAAAGCUGUUCCACUCUAUGUCUAAUGGGCAGUAUGCUUUAUUCCAGAUGCUCUGUAGACGCGUGUCUAACGUCCUCUCCUCUCUCCGCCUAUUCCCCUCUCCCUGCCCUUCUCUCUCUCUCUCUCUCUCUCUCUCUCUAGCUCGCUAUAAAUAAUUGUAUGACUGUAAUUAAAUGUUUAUCUGUCGGUUGAAGGAGUCUUCAUUCCGAUGCUAAUUCAGUAUAUACUAUAGAUAUGCUAUCAGCCCCUUGUCUCCUUCAACAUUGUGCCACACACACACACACACUCACACACACACACACACACACACACACACACACCAACACCCAUUGUGAUUGGCUCAGUGCCUGGAUGAUGCUUAAAUCUGUGAUCAUUUUUUUUUUCUUUUGUUAUAGUUACUUUUUUAAUGAAAGUUUUUAACUUUUUGAUUACCAUCCAGAAAAUAUAUUUAAUUAUUUAAAAACUUAGCACGUUUUUUUUUUUUCUUCAUUGCAUUUUUUGUUGUUGAUAAUAUGACUUUUUUACAUUUUAUGUAGAUGUCAUUUACCUUCGUUUCCUGGGUUACUGUCCUAUCGAUUCCUGUCGUUACCAUGGUUACUAUGUCUUCACCAGUUUGGGGAAGUGACAUCACCCCUCCACUCCCCUUCCCUCUCCUGGAAUCUUAUCAACUACAGAUCAAUAAAGGCUCAUACCUACA